AUGCUUAGUCUGCCCAAACUCCCGUCAUCCCUCAGGCUGAACGAAGACGCGGUGAAUAGUACAACAUCGAUCCCGAAGCUUCAACCGGACGAUCCUGCAAUUUUGGACAAAGUACUAGAGAAGCUCACAGGCGAUAUCGUGAUUCUAGGCGGCUACCGUGGCUCAAUCUUGCGGUCAGCUGAGCCACCGCACCAGCAGCUCUGGGCUCCCGUCAAAAUUGGGCUGAACAUGAGAAAAGUUGACCUUGAGGUUGGCCUCGACCACGAAGAUGAGGAGAAUAUGGAGGAGCGUAUUAUUCCCUCGGGAAUGCUUCAGAAUAUUGGCCCGAUCGAUAUCUCGCGGAAACUAUUCAGGAAAGUUGCGGCCUGCGAGAACGUCCGUAAAGGAAAGCUGAGACUGUGGGACUACGGUUACGAUUGGAGACUCAGCCCUCAUCUACUAUCACGAAAGAUGAUCGAAUUCCUGGAAAAGCUUCCGUCCAACCAGCCGGACUCACAAGAACCAAGGGGCGCGCUUGUUUUGGCACAUAGUCUCGGCGGCCUCAUCACACGCCAUGCUGUCAACCAGAGGCCAGAGCUUUUUUCGGGGGUCGUCUACGUCGGUACACCGCAAAGAUGCAUCAAUGUCCUAGGGCCUCUUAGGGAUGGCGAUUCGGUUUUGCUGAACGAGAAGAUUCUGACUGCACAGGUCAACUUUUCAAUAAGGACUUCGUUUGUCUUCCUUCCCGAGGAUGGCGCCUGUUUCGCCAACAAAGAAACUAAAGAGGAAUAUCGUGUCGACUUUCACGAUGUCAACACUUGGAUCAAGUACCGCCUCUCGCCAUGUAUAGAGGCAACAUUACCACCGCUCAACCCGAAGGAGAGCCCAUACAAUUUCAGCUCCCUUCUUCCGCUUCGCAGUCGCGCCUCGAGCGAGAAAAAGAACAGCCACGUCCCACCAUCUUCCUUGGCUGAUGCUGCGCGUCGAGUCGAGCUUGCACGAGAAGGCAUUCUCAACCCCCAGAUUGACGGAAACGUUCAUCACCAAGAUUCUCAUCAGAAUACACCGUCGCCCUUCACCAAGGGUGUUCCAGGAACACCAACGCCGCCCAACCGUGCCAGAAAUCUUGCUUACCUCGAGCGCACGCUUGCAGAGGUGAAAAGGUUCCGCGCCGAGACGCAGUACAAGCCGGCGCAUACGGAAGCUAACGUCUACCCACCUCUCGGCGUUAUCUACAGCAAGGAGAUUCCGACCGUCUCUGCGGUGAACGUUAGUAGUCGCGAGGCUAUUGCUCACGCCGACGCCUACGACAAUCUCAUCUUUGGUGCCGGAGACGGCGUCGUUCUAAGUCGUGAGGCUCAGCUGCCAGAGGGAUACGAGCUGGUGAACAAUGGUCUGGUACGCACCAGGCGCGGCCACUUGACCAUGCUCGGCGACCUGCCAGCCGUGGGCAAGGCACUAGAGGCUGUAAUUCGGGGCCGAAGGAAAGGUAUCGGGAUGGGCCAUGCGGUUCAGAAGGCCAAGGCGAGCAGGAGUCACGUCGCCGAAGCUUAG